AUGUCGACAUCAGCAAAAGAUGCAUCACCAGAAGCAACAGCAAACGGCAAGGGAAGCACAGAAGAUAGUAGAGCCGCACUUAGGGGGACAUUUUUUACAUUUGGACUCAGAUUGAUUUCCUUUGCUUGCACUCAAGUAACUUUGCGAUAUCUAGACCCGACUGCUCUCGGACGUGCCAGUAUCCAACUAGAACUUCUCUUGACUACUGUCCUAUUCUUUAGUCGUGAAGGUUUUCGAUUGGCACUCACCAGAAACUUGACAGCAGAAUCCUGGAAUGUGGCUUGGCUUACGAUACCGUUGGUAAGUCUGGUAGCAGGAUUGGCUCUUGUUUGGCAUUUGUCACGGACGUUGUAUUCGGGAUCAGCUGGCGAAGUUGAUUCUGAUUAUGUGAUGGCAGGAGCUCUUUAUUGUUUAGCAUCUUGGAUCGAGGGAUGCGCAGAGCCAGCCGUGCUGCAUUUCCUUCGUCGUAUGGAUACACCCAAACGUUCGUCUGCAGAAGCCUUGGGAACAAUGGCUAAAGCAUUUGCAACUGUUGUGGGGCUUCAAUACCUUGGACCUACUUCGGUGACGGCUUUUGGGUUGUCGCAGCUACUCUAUUCCCUGACCUAUGCCAUCUACCUCUACUGGAAUGCUUGGAAUACCUUGCCAAUGCCGAAUCGAACCUUUGAUGGUGCAACAUGCUCCCGCGCAUUCCAGUUUACUCUGCAGGGUGUCUUCAAGCACUUGUUGACGGAAGCCGACAAAAUUGUACUGACUACACUCAGUGACAGCUACAAUCAAGGUGUCUAUGCCAUGGGGAGUUCCUAUGGUGGAUUGGCAGCUCGGAUUCUUCUACAACCAUUGGAAGAAAAUGCACGGUUGCUUUUGAGUCGACUGGCCAUGCGGCAUGCAUUUGCAGAGUUGGAACAAUCCUUUUUGAUUUUCGUAAAGCUCGUGCUAUACAUUGGACUCCUGUUCAGUUUUGUAGCUGUAAACUACACCAACCUGCUGCUCUGCUUGUUGGCAGGGCGAGAAUGGGGAAGCAACGAAGAAGCGGCGAACGUGCUGAGUGCUUUUUGCGUUUACACCGCAUUUCUUGCAGCCAAUGGUAUGACAGAGGCAUUUGUCUACGGUGUCACUAGAGCUGGAAUGAUGGAGGUUGGAAUUUCUCACGCAGUAACGGGGAUCACCUUGGUAGUUCUGGCGCCAUGGGCAACGGCAAAGGGGGCUGCGGCUGGUUUAGUAGCAGUCAACUGCUUGGCAAUGCUGAUGCGGUCAUGUUUCUCGCUCCACCUGGCUUCCAAAUACUUCGGAGAAAAAGAGUCGAAGCCUCCCAGAAUGGUACUUUUAAGGCUACUACGAAAUAUGAGCCCCCAUCCGAUGGUAAUUGCAUCCUAUGGACUAUCAUGGGCUGUAACUCGGCACACGCUUGGAAAGAUAAAGGAAAGAGGGUUCCAUACGGCACUACAGAUUCGGAACAAAGAGUGGUUAUGGUUAACAGGACAUCACUUGGUAGCGGGAGUCUUUUGUGUGGUGGUGACUCUUAGUCUUGCCAUUACCAUGGACCGUCAGUUCAUUCGUUCGUUCCGAUUGAUGAUACGACAAAAGAAUGACUAG